GCGGAGGGGGUGGUGGUUGGCCGGGGACUAUCGAAGAAUCAAGUAAACAGAGAACUUGGAAUCACAACGGUUGGCUCGACCGUGACGUCACCUACCUUAGCAGAGCUACUAGCAGCAGCAGUAGCCAGUGAGGGAGUCGGGAAACUAUACAGCAGUGGGUUCGAUGAUUGUUCUACUAUACGUGAGAAAUGUUUCCUAUACGUGAGAAAUGUUUCCCGUAUCGGCAAAAUAUUUGUUACAGCAGUAGCUAAUUGCAGGAAGGGGUUAAAGACCCGAGUUGUUGUGAGCUCUUGGCAGUUCAGAUAAGGGGGGGCCGCUCUGGUGACUGAAGCAACAGCCUAUCACCGGACCGGCUCCCCUCCCCCUACUCGCCCUCCCCUCCCUUGAGAUGUGCAGCUGAGGAAAGCGAGAGAAGCACUUCAGAAAAAAAAAUAAUAAUUGCUCCUCCUGUGGAUCUAGUGCUGGGCGUUGUGUGUAUGCUGUAAGCCGGAAUCGCCAGCAGCAGCCGAGGCGGAGGGCGCCGCCGCCCCGCUCCUCAAGGCUGUACCCGAUAAUUUUCUUUCUAGCGCAAGGAUUAGCAUACGGUUUGCAGUAAAUGUACUGGAAGGGGAAUUGUGUCCGUUUCUAAUUCUGGAAUAUAUAUUUACUGGACUGAAAUACACAAAUACUAAACGGUGGAUUAUACUUUUUUGUUAUGUCGUCCGCAACGGUGGCCGCCUCCCGACGGCAGUCGUGUUACCUUUGCGACCUACCACGAAUGCCAUGGGCUAUGAUUUGGGACUUUACAGAGCCCGUGUGCCGGGGCUGCGUCAAUUAUGAAGGGGCCGAUCGCAUUGAGUUUGUCAUCGAGACGGCCCGGCAUCUGAAGCGGGCGCACGGGUUCCAGGAGGGCAGGUCCCCUGGGCCUUCACCAUCCUCUUCAGUCAAGCCACAGCUGAGUGCAAAGGAGAUGGCGCAGAUCGGGCACACGAUGGGUGGCCCCGAGGGGGUAAUGCGGACCUCGCAGCAGCUCCCUCCUCCACAGUGCCUGGACCGGUACUCGCUGGAGAGACAACCACCCCCUCGUCUGGGAUCCGAAUAUGGCGUAGGCAGGCAGGUGAACGGUAUUCUCUUACCAAACGGCUUCCCGAAGCCCGAGGAGCCGCCGGAACUAAACCGACAGAGUCCGAACCCGCGCAGGACUAGCACGGCGCCUCAGUCCCUUGGCGCACUUAUGAACGGCACCCCCAUAAGCAGCGGUCGAGCACAAGUGGGACUCUCUGCGGCCUCUUUGGUGGCAGCUGCCACCACCUCGGCGGACCUGUCUGGAAAGCGGCCGGGUUCUGUGUCCAGCAGUGAACACGAUGGCAAGGAGAAACACAGAGCCGACAGCUAUUCCGACCUGGGCGAGAACCACAAGAGCAGGGCCGAGGAGUGGAUCAGCAAACCCAAGACGGUCAGGGACACACUGAUGGCCAUGCAGCAUAGCCACUCGCCUUUUGACUCCAAGUUCAAGAAAGAUCCCGGGCCCGGAAGAGUGUUGAGCUUUGAAGCCAACAACCCCGCUUCCAAAUCAGGGGCCCGUGGUGGUAGAAAAAGGAAAACAUCCCCAGAACCAGAAGGGGAAGGUGGCUCUGUUAAAAUAAAUGGAGAAGGACAACCAUGGUUGCCAGCGGCAGAGAGCCUUAAAAUUUCUACUAUGCCUAGCCCAUCUUUUAUAUCUCCACCUUCUACUGUUUCUCCUCAUUCCAACCGUACAACACCACCAGAAGCUGCACAAAAUGGGCAGUCUCCUAUGGCUGCUCUGAUAUUAGUCGCUGAUAAUGCCGGUGGCAAUCAUACAUCAAAGGAUGCUAACCAAGUGCAUUCUACAACAAGAAGAAACAGUAGCAGUCCACCAUCCCCAUCUUCUAUGAACCAAAGAAGAAUGGCUCCCCGGGAUGUGCCAAGCCAAAUUCCUAGUGGAGGAACAUCAUCCCAUGGAGGAAUGGAACAAGGGCAUCCUCAAAGCAUUCCAGACUCUUCUAUACCAAACAGUAUACCAUUAUGCUGCACUCUUUGCCACGAGCGUCUUGAAGACACACAUUUUGUACAGUGCCCUUCUGUACCUUCUCAUAAGUUUUGUUUCCCAUGCUCAAGGCAAAGUAUUAAACAACAAGGCUCAUCUGGAGAAGUAUAUUGUCCAAGUGGUGAAAAAUGCCCCUUGGUGGGAUCAAAUGUACCAUGGGCCUUUAUGCAGGGAGAAAUUGCCACCAUUCUUGCUGGGGAUGUAAAAGUGAAAAAAGAAAGGGACUCUUGACUUUCUUUAACUUGGUAGGCACCAUUAUCAAAUGUACCAUGGGCCUUUAUGCAGGGAGAAAUUGCCACCAUUCUUGUUGGGGAUGUAAAAGUGAAAAAAGAAAGGGACUCUUGACUUUCUUUAACUUGGUAGGCACCAUUAUCUCUAACUAAAACUUCACAACUUAGAAUUCUGUGUGUAUGUAUGCAUAUAUGUAUGUGUGUAUGUGUGUAUGUGUGUAUGUGUGUAUGUGUGUAUGUGUGUAUGUAUAUGUAUAUG